UGGGUAGGGCACUUUCAGCGGCCAUAUUGCUCCACAGUCCUGAGUGAAGGAGAGAGGGGAGAUGAAGGGGAUUCGGGGAAUAUCGCAGUUAUCAUCAAGGCUUUACGCUGCGCAGGCGGCUCGAAAGGUUCAGGCUGAACAUGUCAAACUCCAACCACAGGAUGUGCAGGUCACCAAGCUUCCUAGUGGAUUGGUGAUUGCAUCACAAGAGAAUUACUCCCCUGCAUCAAAGAUUGGAGUGUUUAUCAAAGCUGGCUGUCGUUAUGAAACUCCGGACAAUUUAGGAGUCACUCACCUCCUCCGCCUUGCCGCCAGUCUGACUACAAAAGGAGCAUCGUCUUUUAAGAUAUGCUGUGGAGUUGAAGCAGUGGGUGGAAGUCUAAGUGUCAUAUCAACCAGGGAAAAUAUGAUCUACACCGUCGACUGCUUGAGAGAUGACAUUGACACUGUGAUGGAGUAUUUAAUUAAUGUGACCACUGCCCCUGAGUUUCGACCUUGGGAAGUGUCUGAGCUCACUUCCAGGGUAAAGAUGGACAAGGCUCAAGCUGCGCACAGUCCUCAGAUAGGAGUAGUUGAAGGUCUGCAUGAUGCUGCCUACAAGAAUGCCCUAUGUAACUCCCUGUAUUGCCCCAACCACAUGGUUGGAAACAUCCAGUCUGACCAUCUGCACCAGUUUGUGCAGAAUAAUUUCACAAGUGCUAGGAUGGCUCUUGUUGGACUUGGUGUGGAUCACGGUAUACUGAAACAAGUUGGAGAACAGUUCUUGAACAUUCGCAGUGGUGCAGGGACAGUGGGAGCUAAAGCUCAAUAUCGCGGGGGUGAGGCUCGCCUUCCCAAUACCAGUGGCUUGGUGCACUCAGUGGUGGUGACUGAAGGGGCGGCUGCAGGGGGCAGUAAUGCACUGUCCUUUGGGGUGCUGCAGCAUUUACUGGGAGCAGGACCUCAUGUCAAGAGGGGCUCCAACAUCUCGAGCAAACUGUGCCAGGAAGUAGCUAAAGCCACCACAGACCCUUUUGACGUCUGUGCAUUCAAUGUGAGCUACACAGACUCUGGUUUGUUCGGAGUUUACACCAUUUCUCAACCUGCAGCUGUACGCGAUGUGCUCAAGGCUGCUGUGAGCCAAGUCAAGGCUAUUGCAGAUGGAGGAGUCACAGCUGCAGAUCUUACUCGAGCCAAAGCUCAGCUAAAGGCACAGUUCCUGAUGUCCCUGGAGACUUCAGAGGGUUUGCUCGAAGCUAUUGGAACACAGGCACUGGCAGUGGGAUCAUACAGCUCUGCUGAGGAAAUUUCUAAAAAUAUCGACAAUGUCUCCCUGACCGACGUUGCCAACGCUGCAAAGACCUUUGUUUCUGGCAAGAAAACUAUGGCUUCGAGUGGCAACCUUGUAAAUACUCCAUUUGUGGAUGAACUCUAAAUGUUUCAUUGUCCAUCUCCUCUCCUUUAAAAUUUAAUAGGUUGUGUUUUGUUAUCAUCAAAAUAGAGAUGUUUUACAAACAUAAUACCCAGCAGUGCUGUUAUUCAAAGGAAUGUCUCAACAUCACUAUUUGUGGUAUUCUACAAAUGUAUUCCUCUUUACAUGUCUCUGUCCACAUUUACUGUAUAUCUGAUGUAAAGAAAUAAAUUAUAUCUUA